AUGACGGAGGAGGAGAAGGUGGGGCGGGUGCCACACCCUGAGUGGUUACGGAAGGGGUUUUGUGAGGCGGUGAGAGGUAGCGGGUUGAGUGAUUUUGCGUUUCACGGGUGUCAGUUCACCUGGGAACGGGGGAGAGGAACUGGUAAUUGGGUGCGUGAAAAGUUAGAUAGGGUGCUGGUCUCUGGUUCAUGGCGUGAUAUGUUCCCGGGCGCUAGGGCUUGGUCAGUUGAGGGAGGGUGCAGUGAUCAUAUGCCUAUUCAUUUGGUUACUCAAAAGGCUUGUAGAACGUCUUAUGUUCGUCGCCCUAGGUAUGAAAAUGCUUGGGGUAAAUUACCAGAGUGUAAGGGAAUUGUGGAAAGGGUGUGGCAUCAGUUUUCUUCCCUUUCGAUCGGAGACAAAUUGGGGUUGUGUGGUAAAGAAAUUUGGGGUUGGGGACGAGGGAGGAAUAAGGGGGAGUUAGGAGAGUUGAAUUGGUGCAGGAACCGUCUUAUUGUAUUGCGGCGGAGAAGUGAUGACGCGGGAGCCAGGGAGUUUAUUCUGGUUCAGAAACGAUAUCUUUCUUUGGUUCAAUCGCAAAGUGACCGGUGGAGACAGAGGGCAAAGGAAUUAUGGUAUGAAGGAGGGGAUAGCAAUACACGCUUCUUUCACUCCUCUGUUAAUGGCCGCCGGCGGAGAAAUCGCAUAAAUGCUUUGCGAAAUUCUAAUGGUACACUGGUCUCGGAUGAGGAGGGCAAAGCGAAUAUUAUGGUCGAUUAUUUCCAAAAUCUGUUUCAUACGGAGGAGAGAGAUGAUUGGCCUGUAUUAGCUUGUGUUCGAAAUCGUGUCUCGAGCUGCCAGAAUGAUAUUUUAUUGCGAAAAAUCACGGAGGAGGAGGUUAAGGCAGCUGUUUUUGCUAUGCAUCCAGACAAGUCCCCAGGGCCUGAUGGGUUGUCUCCAGCAUUCUUCCAAACACAUUGGGCUAUUGUGGGCGGUGAGAAAAAACAGCCUGAUAGUAUGACUGACUUUCGCCCUAUUUCGCUUUGUAAUGUUGUAUAUCGUAUCUUAGCAAAAGUCUUAGCUAAUAGGCUCCGGGAGGUAUUGCAGUCUGUAAUUUCUAGUGCGCAGUCUGCUUUUAUUCCGGGACGGUCGAUUGUGGACAAUGUCCUUAUUGCUUUUGAGUCCGUUCAUUCUAUGUAUCGGAUGAAAAGGGGAAUUGGGGGCUAUGGGGAUUUAAAAGUAGAUAUGACUAAAGCUUAUGACCGGGUGGAAUUGGGUUUUCUGGGAAGAGUUAUGUUACAGAUGGGUUUUAGUGAGCGGUGGGUGCAUCUCAUGACUGAAUGUGUUUCUACAGUGCGAUAUAAUGUUUUGGUUGAGAAAAGUCUGAGUGAGAUGUUGUGGGUGAGUGAGGAAGAUGGUGGUUUGCAUGGGGUUAGUGUGGCUAGGGAGGCUCCUACAAUUUCUCAUCUUUUUUUCGCAGAUGAUUGUUUGUUCUUCUUUCGGGCAAACAAUCUCGAGGUUGGCUGUGUAAAGGAGAUUCUUCGUGAAUAUGGUAGUGCUAGUGGGCAGAAGAUUAAUAUGGGGAAAUCUGCCAUAACCUUUGGUAACAAUGUGGAUAGGGAGGAUAAGGAGGCUGUUUGUGCCAUCUUGGGAGUUCACGAACAACAUACUAGGGGGAGUUAUCUUGGGCUUCCGGGGUAUGUGGGUCGUCGUAAGCGGGAAAUUUUGGGGUUUGUUAGGGAAAAAGUGAGAGGAAGGAUUCUCCAUUGGGGUAAUCGUUUCUUAUCAAGAGGGGGUCGGGAGGUCCUGCUUAAAACCGUGCUUCAGUCUAUCCCGAACUAUGCGAUGAAUGUGUUCCUCUUUCCAAGAGGGUUAUGUGAUGAGAUUGAGAAACUCAUGAACUCAUUUUGGUGGGGUUGUGAGAAUAGUAGGUCUGGUAUUCGGUGGAGUACGUGGGCUGAUUUAUGUCGCCCAAAGGUUUUUGGGGGUAUGGGUUUUCGACGAGUGAGGGAGAUGAAUAUUGCUAUGUUGGGUAAACAGGGAUGGAAAUUCUUAUAUGAGCCUGAUGCUCUUGUGUCUCGAGUUUUCAAAGCCCGUUAUUUCCCUCGAUGUUCUUUUCUAGAGGCGAAUUCGGGGUCAAAUCCUUCCUUUGUUUGGUCCAAUAUUCGUGAAACCCAGGGGUUGGUGAGGGAAGGGGUUCGGUGGAGGAUAGGGGAUGGGGAAAGGGUGAGAGUGUGGGGGGAUCCGUGGCUGCCUGAUUGUGAUAAUCCUUUUGUGCCUACUCCUGAGCCGCCUUAUCUAAAUAGGUCUUUUGUUAAAUCUCUAUUUUCUACUGACUCGACAUCAUGGGAUGGGGAUUUGGUGCGGGAUAUCUUUUGCCCAAGGGAUAGUUCUCUUAUUUUGAGUCUUCCUACUUUCGCAUUGCCUAUGCAGGAUUCUUUAUUCUGGAAGGGGGAGGAGAAUGGAGUGUAUUCGGCUUUAUGCAAUAUGAAACUCCCAACUAAAGACGCUUUGGUUAUUAAACAGGUGCGGUGUGAUCCUUUGUGUCCUUUGUGCGGUAAUGAGGCCGAGACUGCAAUCCAUAUCUUUGCAAAUUGUAGUUUUGCGCAUGAGUGUUGGAGGAUUUUGGGUCAUGACUGGGGGCUGGGGUUUGUGGACUCAAUCCAGAGUUGGGUUGGGGAAAUGUGGAUGGUAUUGUCUAGGGAGAUGUGUGAGAGAGUGGUGGUAGUUUGUUGGGCUAUUUGGGAAAACCGAAAUGAUAUGGUGUGGAAUAACCAUUCUCGAGAUCCCGCCUCUCUAUUACGUUAUGCUUUUGGGUUUGUGGAAAACUGGAAGGCAGUUUCGGAUAAGUGUAAGGGAUUGAGAUCGAAAGGGAGCACGAAUGUUCGUCCCUACGAUCUAAAUCUUGAGAGGAAAUUAAGGAGGGAGAAGAAGGUGUUACGUGAUUGGCUUCGAGAGUUCCAGGACUUCGAAGUAGACAUGGAGGCCGGAGACAGUAGCAAUACUAGGCAGCCAGCCCAUACUGGUGCCAACGCACAGCACCCGAGGCAGAGAGAGACAGUUGGGGACAACUCUGGAGCUCGUGCUGAUCCCCAAAUUCCAAAUGUUCAGGAUCAGGCACAGAACUACAUGGCUGAUCCAAACCCAAAUAUCAAUGUUGGGGGAGGAUUGGGUGCCCAAUUCAUGCAGCAACAGCCUAUGUACCAGCAACCAGGCUAUGGGGUCCCACAAGCAGAACCAAUGGCAGCCCAUUUAGCUCCUGAGUUCACUGAAGAAGAUUGCAUUGUGUACCCAGGAAUUGAGGCAAAUAAUUUUGAGUUGAAGACUCAGCUCAUUCAGAUGGUCCAAAAUAAUCAAUUUGGAGGAUCUCGGGUUGAGGACCCGAAAACCCACAUAGUUCAUUUUGACCGUAUCUGUCAGACCAUCAAGAUGAAUGGUGUUCCUAGUGAGCUCCACAAGGCUUUUAUGCAAGAGUACUGUCCUCCUUCAAAGGCUGCCAAAUUAAAGAAGCAAAUUCAGAAUUUUCAGCAGUUUGGCAAUGAAGAUCUUCCUGAGGCUUGGACGAGAUUUAAAGAAUUGAGGAGGCAGUGCCCGAAGAAUUUGAUGACCCCAGGUGAUUUUAUGUCCUCAUUCUAUGAGGGAUUGUCUAACCGGUCAAAGAUUAUUCUAGAUACCUCAUCCUUUGGGGGUGUUUUUAUUGAUAUGGGACCGGCAGCUGGAGAGCAGUUGAUUGAAAGGAUCAUCUCUAACAAUACUUACUGGUACACUGAGGGGGAUGAUAUACCCAAGAGAGAGAAGGCAGCUGGGAUGUUCGAAGUUGGAGAGAAGAUGGCAAUGCAGGCUCAGCUGGGACGUAGCCAUGGACUUCGCAAACAGAAGAAUGGGUUUCGGUUGGGUGGUUCGUGA